UUGUGUAUAGCUUGAGUUAUUGAAGGAUAUUUCAACGAAAGUGCACAGAACUUUUCUUGAGUUUCUUCUGUUCAUCUUUGCUAUCAAGAGUUUUGUCCCAAGAGAUAAGAAGUUUCUAAUUUUAUGCAAAUCAAGCCUGAACUUGUAAAAAAAAAAAUCAGAUCAGCAUAAUCUCUGUGUGUUGGAUCUCUCUUCGGACAGACUGAUCUACUUUGUUUCCUUUCAGUUGUUUGCGAAAAACUUGCCGAUCACCAUUUUCAAAUUAAUUAGACUCUGGAUAUCUUUUGGUCCCAAGGAAGCGUGCUUUUUACUUGUGGAUCUGCGUAUAUUGCAAUAUGUCUUCCUCUUCUGUUUCUUCUACAGUCCUCCCCCCUAAAGAAAAGUAUGAUGUCUUUCUUAGUUUCAGAGGCACGGACACUCGCAAGACUUUAACCAGCCAUCUACAUGCUGCUUUGAUACGGAGGAAAGUGGAAACCUUCAUUGAUUACAGACUGGAGAGAGCAAAUGAAGUUGGACCCGCCCUUCUAAAAGCAAUAGAGGAAUCAAAGAUUUCCGUGAUCAUUUUCUCAAAAAACUAUGCUUCUUCCGCAUGGUGCUUGGAUGAACUGGUUUAUAUACUGAAAUGCAGGAAAAAACAUGGACGACAUGUCAUACCUAUUUUUUACGACAUAGCUACAUCACAUGUAGAUCCAUCACAUGUACAAUUCCAUACCGGAAGUUAUGCGACUGCAUUUGCUGAACAUGAAACAAGGUUGAAGGACGAGAGGGACAAGACGGACGAGAAAGACAAGACGAACAAGACGGACAAGGUGGCCAAGUGGAAGAAAGCUUUAGUAAAAGCAGCCAAUAUAUCUGGGUUUGAUUCAGCUUCAAGAACUACUCGGGAUGAUUCCGACUUAGUUGAGCAAGUCGUCGGAGAUGUGUUGGCUAUAUUGAAUCGUGAAUCAUCAAGCGAUUUAACUGGUUUGAUUGGAGCUGAAGUCCGCAUUAAGAAAAUUUUACUGGAAUUAGACAUCAUCCCUGAAGAUGUUCGUGUUCGCUUUGUAGUUAUCUGGGGUAUGGGUGGUAUCGGCAAGACCACGCUCGCUGAUGCUGUAUAUCAUGGACUCUCUUCUCAAUUCGAAGCUCACUGUUUUCUUCAACAUGUUAGGGAACGAUCAGGCGAGAAAGGAGCUAUCUCUUUUGAACUGUGUCUUUUGCGAAAUGAACUUCUUGGAGAAUUACUAGGGGACAGGAAUUUAGCUAUCCAUACUCGAACUAUAGGUGCUGCUUACAAAGCGAGACUCCGCCAGACAAAAGUCCUUGUUGUUCUUGACGACGUCAAUGAUUCAAGCCAAUUAACAUUUUUAGCUGGAGAAGUUCAAUUUGGCCAAGGAAGUAGAAUAAUUAUAACAACUCGAGAUAUGCAACCAGUUAAGGAGACUCUACUAGUGAAGGAAGUAGCUGACCAUGAUGUUAAGAUAUACGAGGUGGAGAAAUUAAAUGGUUUUGAAUCUCUUCAGCUCUUGCAUUCAAAUGCUGCCACACAUUGUACAGAAAAUCCAGAUUUUUUAGAGAAGCAGGUGGUAGAUCAUGCUGCAGGAAUUCCAUUUGCCCUUAACAUUUUGCGUUCACCAUUCCUUCGAUGCAAGAGCAAAGAAGAUAAGGAAUUAUUGUCCGAUAAAUUGAAAAAGUUUCCCAACAAAAAACUUCAGAAAAUUUACAGAGCGAGUUAUGAUGGAUUAGAAGGAAAUGAGAGGGAGAUAUUCCUUGAUAUUGCAUGUUUUCACAAGAGGGAGAAACUUUGUGAGGCAAAAAGAAUGUUAGCUGCCUGUGGUUUAUUUCCGGAUGAUGGAAUUAAUAUUCUCACUGGUAGGUCUCUCAUAUCAAUCGAAGACAACUGCAUAUGGAUGCACGAUGUGAUCCAAGAAAUGGGUUGGGAGAUAGUCCGGGAAGAAUGUACUCAAGAGCCAGGAAAUCGCAGUAGGUUGCACAAUGGUGAGGACGUCUGUCAAGUAUUGAAAAGGAAUAUGGGAACUGCCAAAGUACAAAGCAUUUCCAGCAGGAAUUGUUUUAAGACGCUAGUGUUGGAUCCUCAAGCUUUCACAGGGAUGCAUAAGUUAAGAUUCCUUAGAUUUAUACAUCUUGACUACGAGGGAAAUCUGGAGUAUCUGCCUGAUGCCCUUCAAUAUCUCUAUUGGGAGAAGUACCCUUUGAAAUCUUUGCCAUCAAAGUUCUCUAUGGAUAAUCUUGUGGAGCUUCAUAUGCCCAGCAGCAAACUCAAGAGACUUUGGAAAAAAGGCCAGAAUCCUAAGAAAUUGGAAAGGAUCGAUCUUAGUUACUCCAGGGACCUGGCAGAUGUUGGAGAGCUGUCAAAUAGUGUGUAUAUUGAGAGUAUAAAUCUUCAAGGCUGUAAAAGUUUGGUUCAAGUUCCGGAUUUGUCGAAGUGCGUAUACAUUAAGAGUAUAAAUCUCCACGGCUGUGUAAGUUUGGUUCAAGUUCCAGACCUGUCAAAGAGUGUAAACAUUGAGAGUAUAAAUCUUCAAAGCUGUGCAGAUUUGGUUCAAGUUCCUUCAUACUUUCAGAAGUUCACAAGGCUUACUCAUCUGAGUUUGGGAGGUUGCUCUAAAAUUAGUAUUCUACCAAAGAUACCAAGCAAGAUGGAAUUCUUAGAUUUAAGUGAAACUGCAGUAGUAGAAUUGCCUCCAUCAAUUUGGUCUCUUGAGAAACUUCUUGAAUUGAAUCUUGAUUGCUGUAGCUCCAUCGAGAAUUUUUCGGGCAGUCCAUGGAAGAUGAAAUCCCUCAAUCAUCUUUCCUUGAGCGAGACAAAUAUAGAAACAGUGCCCUCAUCGUCAUUCACGUGUAUGACUGGGAUCAUUUCACUUGAGCUGAGAGAUUGUCAUCGCCUUGUCAGUCUCCCAACCGAUAUUUGUAAGUUGAAAUCUCUUGAGAGGCUUGAUCUCUCUGGUUGCUCUAGUUUCACAACAUUUCCGGAAAUUGCGGAGCCUAUGAAGCAUCUGCAGUAUCUUAAUUUAAGAGGGACAAAAAUUGAAGAGCUGCCGUCAUCGGUUGGGAAUCUUGUUGGGCUCAAGAAAUUAGAUGUAACUGACUGCACAAGCCUUGAAUUACUCCCAAAUAGCUUCGACAAUUUAAACCUUCUCGAGUGGUUCUCACUUGGAGGAUGUGUCAAGCUAAAAAAAUUGCCUCUCUCGUUCAUUUUGUGCUCUUUGGUAAAUCUAAACCUCGGAGGCUGCACAUUGUUAGAAGAAAUUCCCGAUUGCUUUACUAGCUUUCCCGCAUUGCAAGUGUUAGAUCUAAGGGGCACCAGGAUUGAGACCGUACCUCCCAGCAUCAAACAAGUUUCAAGGCUCAAGCAUCUGUUCCUAAAUCGUUGCAAGCUGCUUCAAUCUUUGCCAGUGCUUCCAUGUCUUCUAGAAGAAUUGGUCGCAGAAGGGUGCACGAGACUCGAGACUGUGUCAGUUUCAGUGACUGCACAGACACAAUGUUUGGAUCAAAUACUUCCUGGGAAGAGGACCGAGAGACAUACAUACCCAGGUUGCGUUAAUUUGGAUGAAAAUGCACGGAGCAACAUAAUGGAUGAUGCACGCUUCAGAAUUAUGCGAAUGGCAACUGCUUGUAAUCAUGAACGUUUAUCAUCUGGUAAAGUAGAGUUCAUGUGUCCGGGAAAUGAAAUUCCACAAUGGUUUAGCUGUCAAACGGAGGGAUCUUCAAUGAAUAUUAAGCUUCCUCCGCAUUGGUCUGAUGAUUCAAACUUCUUGGGUAUUGCUCUCUGCUCUGUUUUUGCAUUCAGUGGCAAUUGUCAUCAUCUUGAGCCUCAAUGUAGGAUGAUUGUCAAAAAGGACUCUGGUGAAACCCAUAUUGACAACUUGGGAAGUAGGGGGUGCUACGAGACUGAUGACCCAACGGCUGAAACAGAUCAUGUGUCGGUGUGGUAUUAUCAUACAGCCGGUGUAAUUUCAGAUGAAGCAAAAUGGUCUACGGAAGCCUUUUUUGACUUCUAUACAGAAAGCAAGCGUAAACCGUUAAAUAUCGUGAAACGGUGUGGGGUCUGCUUUCUGUAUGACCAAGGCCAAGAUGACGAUGCUCUGAAAUUUGAAGUCAUUUGUCCACAGCAGCUUAGUGGUGAGUAUGAUUGGGGAAGUAGUGAGCGUGAUUUGGUGAGAAUGAUUGGGGAGGCACUGAGUAUGAUUGGGGAAGUGAAUCUUUUUCCUUUAUUUUUCCUAUUCCUUUUUGUUGUUCUUUUGGGUUGGUUGUGCAAAUAUUUGAGGGAAUAUUGGAGUACUUAAUUACUUAUGGACAGUAUGAUUGGGGAAGUGAAACAUAUGGUGAGUAUGACUGGGGAAGCGGUGAGUAUGAUAGUGGAAUUGAACUUUCUCCCUUUUUUUUUUUUUGUUCAUGUUCUUUUUUCUUAACUAUUACAUAAGGUAGGAUACAUGGAUGAUUUAUCUAGCAUUAUUCAAAAUAAAAAGAGAUUAUAAUGAAAUUCUAAAAAUAAUAGUAUUAAAAUCAAAAGAGUUACACAAUUUUGGAAAUUUAGACGGUUCAUCGUACACUUACUGAGUUAUAAUUCUGCAAGUCUCACAAGCUUAUCAAUAUCUGAUACUUAUCAGUCUUCAUCAUCGAAUGCACCAAUCAUGUGGGCUAAUCAAGCCGGCC